AGAAUGUUUACUUUGGGAGAUACACAAAAAACUAGCGUCAAAGUUCAGCUUUAAACCCUGCCAUUCCUCUUACUUGAGCUAUUCAACACAUCCUUCCCGUACAGUGGCUUAAAGGUUUUGAUCUGUCAGAAUGAAGUUUCUAUUUCAUUUGCUUGCCCUUGCUCUUGUCAUAACCUCCACAUUUGGUGGAGUCAAGGACUUCACUCAGCAUUUUGAAAGCCUUAAAGAUGCACAGCCACAUGAAAAUGGCACCUAUGAUAUGCCAAAUUUACCACUGGAGUUCCACAGAGAAAACACUAUCACUAAUGACUUGAUUCCUGAAGAGGAGGAGGAAGAGGACUACCUAGAUCUUGACAAGAUACUGGGUGAAGACGACUACAGUGACAUUAUUGAUGCUGCCCCAUACAUAGUUUCUGAAAUUCAGCAAGGAAAUAUACUUGAACUAUUCCAAGGCAAAACCAGAAUCCAGCGCCUCAAUAUCCUCAACGCAAACUUUGGCUUCAACCUUUACCGCAGCGUGGCAGAAAAGACCAACUCUUCAGAUAAUAUUCUCAUGGCUCCUGUUGGUAUUUCCACUGCAAUGGCUAUGAUUUCUCUGGGUCUGAAGGGUAAAACUCAGCAGGAAGUAUUAUCUGUCCUUGGCUUUCAGGACUUCAUUAAUGCCAGCACCAAAUACGAGCUCAUGACCGUUCAUAACCUCUUCCGCAAGCUCACUCAUCGGCUCUUCAGGCGCAACUUUGGUUACACACUGAGGUCUGUCAAUGAUCUUUAUAUUCAGAAGGACUUUUCUAUUCUGAAUGACUUCAGAAACAAUACAAAAACAUACUACUUUGCUGAUGCUCAACCAGCUGAUUUUUCAGAUCCCAGCUUCAUAACUAAAACCAAUGAACGCAUCUUGAAGCUGACCAAAGGAUUAAUAAAAGAAGCUCUUGUGAAUGUAAACCCUACAACAUUGAUGAUGAUUCUUAACUGUCUCUACUUUAAAGGAACCUGGGAGAAUAAGUUUCCAGUGGAAAUGACUAUGAAGAGGAGCUUCCGACUGAAUGAGAAGCAAACAAUAAAAGUCCCUAUGAUGCAGACUAAAGGGAACUUCCUAGCUGCUGCAGAUCCUGAGUUAGACUGCGGCGUGAUCCAGCUCCCGUUCGUGGGGAACAUCAGCAUGCUGAUUGUACUUCCACACAAACUUUCAGGCAUGAAAGCCCUAGAAAAGCAGAUAACACCUCAAGUGGUGGAAAAAUGGCAGAAGAGCAUGACAAACAGAACAAGAGAAGUGGUUCUGCCUAAAUUUAAGCUGGAGAAGAGUUAUAACUUGGUUGGUUAUCUGAGAUCCAUGGGAAUAGAAGACCUGUUUAAUGACAAAGGCGACUACUCUGGUAUAUCGGAUGAGAAAGUCACCAUUGACCGGUUCAACCAUCAAGGCACAAUAACUGUGAAUGAGGAAGGCACAGAGGCUGGAGCAAUAACCAACGUUGGGUUCAUGCCUCUUUCCACUCAGAUUCGCUUCAUUGUCGACCGCCCCUUUUUGUUUCUGAUCUAUGAACAUCGUACCAGCUGCCUCCUGUUUAUGGGCAGAGUUGUCAACCCAGCCCAAUCCUAAAAGCAGAGAAGAUCUCCAACACACUGUUACACCUGGGCUGUAUAACUACAUGUUAAUAUACCAGUACCAUAAAGGAAUUUUUAUUGCCAUGUUAGCUAAUACAAAAGCCACUGGUAUCAAAAGAAAAUA